AUGGAUGUCGGCGACCAGCCUGCGCAGUCUGCACCGCCGACGCGGCCGCAAUUGACCAAGACCCCGAUCGCUCACCUGUCUCCUACACUCGAACUGCCCGAGAAUAAGUGCAUCUAUGCGACUGUCAGCCUCAUCUGGCCCUACUCCUCGUCAACAAAAUCUCUGGGCUUGCUCCUAGCCGAGCCGGAUUUUCGCCUUCGCCGCUCGAAUGGUCAGGUUAAGGCGGUUUUUCAUGGGCGCGUCGCAGAAAGCGUUGCAGAACAACAUGUUGGAAUUGGCGAUACCGUUUGCCUUUCUCUGAAGUACUCAAGCUUCGUCCCCAAUGAUGCGGUUGACCGAUCUUCCCAGCCCUCUGUCAGAAUUGAACUGGAGUUUCCUACGCCGCAUGAACCCGAGCCACCAUCUACUCCUCGCUUGAUCUCGAACGAUACCGAUACAGAACUAGCACCUACUCGAGGGUCCUGGGGGUCGCCGGCUUUCCACAAGUCUUCGCGGAAGUCUUCCGGGAGUGCAGUUGGUUUUGCCUUUGAUCCGUUCGCCGAAGAGGAUGGAUUCGUUCCUGGGAAGGGAAGAAAACGACCGAGGUACAGCCUCCAGCGAACCGAAUGGCGCGUUGUGGACGAACCGGAGAGUCCCGAAGAGCGUCAAGAGCAUGAAGAGCCAAUGGAUUGGGAGAAGGCAUUGGAUGCGGAGGUUGAUCUAGAAUCUGAGACCGAAAAGCCAGCGGAUGUUGAGCCCGCCAAGGAUGCUUCCAUUCCAGAGACCGCCCCAGAAACCGUCCCGGACACGGUCCCAGACACGUCUGAUAAGGUGACUCAGGUCAAUAAUGAAGACCCGUUUCAAGAUGAACAGUCUGUUUUUGUCAAACCAUCUUUGGAUCUUGCCGAAAGUCUCUUUGGGAGGCGCACGCCGCAAAACUUCGACGCUGGACCGACCACGUCAGUAUCCCAAAGUCCAUUUGGGAAUCUGUUCAACCGUCCUACAGACACGCCUCAACUCCGGCCAAUACCGUCUCCCGGUCUUCCAAUCCCGUCGCCGCUUAUUUCCAAUUCGAGCAAUCACCAAGAAUACUUUGCACCAAUUCCUACCGCCCCGCCUGCUCACGAUGUUCACCAUGCUUUGACUUCAGAUUCCAACUCUCUUAUCCAAGAGCUAGACUCUUUAGUGGAAGGUGCUCAAGAGCCAGCCCUGCAUGGACUGCCGCAGCUUAUGGAGCAUCCAGAGACUGCACAGGAUGAGGGAGAACUGUCUUACCCACCGCCUCCUCUGGACAGUCACCAAUCUCCGAAUUCACUGUUAUCCAAUUCUCUUGUAGGCGAGGUGAAUCAGUUGCCGACUGUUGAUUUGGAUCAACUCGACUCGCAUGCUGUUAUGAAUGGAUCCACUAUCGUGGAAACAGAUACCGGGCUGGAUAUUAGUGAAGAACUACAUCUGGCGGUCUCGACUGGGAACAUCGAUGAACAGCUUUUGGAAGAGACAAAUGAUGUUACCCCAGAAGCUGAUUAUGAGUCUCAUGUGCCUUCUAAUCUAGAGGCGGGGGAUGAAGAGGUUGAGGGAUCCCAGGGGACAAGUCCUCGUUCAGCCCUCCCGGAGAUGGAAGUCGAUGAAGCUGAAUCAGGCGAAGAUGUACUCGAUGAGACUGCAGCUCAAGACGAAGCUCAAAGUCUUCAUGAAGUCGCCAAUGUUUAUCCCGGCACACUAAGUGGCAGUGAUAGUGACAGUCAUAGCGAUGUCGAGGAGGAAGCUCGUUACGAUGAAGACGCGGAGGGAGAAUACUAUUCUGAGGAUGAAUUUUCCGAGGAGGAAGAGAUUGAACCAGUGUAUGGGGACGACAUUGACGAGGGUUCAAGUGAAGAUGAGGAUAAUGAGGCACAUCGGCUGCCGCCAGCACAACCCGAAGUCAUCGUGCUGGAUAGCGACAGUGAAGACGAGGAUGCUUCAGAGCAACCAGCAGCGACAUUCCCACACCACGCUCGUCAGCGGUCUGUAUCUUCCGACGCCUCGCAAUCAUCGGCAGAGGGCGAUGGAGAGGAUUGGCCUGAUGUCGAAGACGAUGCGGACCAUCAUGUUUUAGAAGACCAAGAGUCUGUGGAAUACCAGUCUGAGGAUGAAUAUGAGCAUCCACACCCUGAUCAAGACGACCGAGUGCAUGACAGUGAUAUGGAAGAUGAGUCCUCCGUGGAUGCCUUGGUGCGAGAUGAUCGCAGCGAAGAGCAUUCCACGCGUGAUCGGUCUGUUGAUGAAGCACCAGACGGCGAGCAGGACCUUGAACCACAUGCAGAAAGUGAUGAGGUAGCUCAACCGGAGGAGAAUCUGGAUUCCUUUACCAGUGUGGAAGUCCAUGAAGAUCAGCCCGACUCAGCCAAAGAUGCGCCAUCCCCAGCGGAGGAACUAUCACCUCAUGAUCUAGCAGAGGAGCAGGUGCAGUCACCUCUUGACGAUGAGGAGCGCACCUCGGGCGGGACGCUCAGUGCUUUUAUAACCCUGGACGGGGCUCAUGACCCGCCCGAUUGGUCAAAAGCAAUAGAAAAAGAUCACCAAACUCCACUCGAACAAGGCACACACGCCAUCGAGGAAGAGACUUCCGAACGGCCGGAAAAAUCACCUGUGCCUGACGAUGAAAUAGAUGUACAGCACAGCAACAAAGGCCUUUCCUUUGAGGUUCCAGCCUUUGACACGACUGACCAACAACUACCGACUCCCGAUCCUACCCAAGAGGUGUCGCCUAGCUACAAGCCAGGACCCGACAAUUAUCAGCCCGCAGAGUUACUAGUAACCGAUGAGCAAGCUUUGCCAGUUGGUUUAGACAUCUCUCUGCCACCCGUCUCGGAAGAGCCCGUUGUCUCGGCGCCCGCAGAGUUGCGAGUGGCUGGUGAGCGGGCCCCGUCAGUAGGUCAAGACACUCCUCUGCCGCCUGUCUCAGAAGAAGAACCCAUUACCUUGGAGCAACAAGACGCUGCGGACGGCGUAGGUGUUGUUUUGCCAACAACUGAGCUUCUCGAAGAUUGUCAACAAGACGGUGAAGAAAUUGCGGCUCCUGAGUCGACAGACAAAGCACUCGAAACCCCGACAGUUGUCAUCAGCAAGCCGCCAGCCCCAGAUCGCGAUGCCCACGGGUUACGCAGCAAACUCUCUUAUUUUGCCCCUCUGGCUACCCUUGCCGAUCAUUACAAUGCGCUUGUGGAUACUAUAUCGGUUGUGUACGAGUUCUCCCCAGUCGCCAAGGCAACCUCCGGCUCUAGAGACUACUUCAUGACGAUCUACCUUACCGAUCCAUCGAUGGCUGGCACCACCCUCCAAGCUCAGAUUUUCCGGCAUUACAAGUCCGCAAUGCCACCGAUCGCGGAGGGUCAGGCCAUCCUACUGCGGGACUUCAAAGUUCAAAGCCAUAAUCACUCGAUGACCCUCGUGAGCGUCGAGUCAAGUUCAUGGGCUGUGUUCGAUGGCUCCAGUCCAGACGCGAAGAUGACUGGCCCGCCUGUCGAAUACGGAUCUGAGGAACAGGCCUUUGCAGCUGGCCUGCGGCGAUGGUACUUUGAGGCUGGAGCGAGCCUGGUGGCCGAUAGUCAGCUCCAGGCAUCCGUUGCGAGGGACAGCCGGUCGAUGACGCCAAGUAGUGUGGCGGCAAGUGAGGCUGGUAGCCCGGAUGGGACGCCGUCAUCUGCUCGAGGUUCACGCCGCUCUCGACGAAGUCGGCGAAGAGUCACUAUUCAUGAGCUGCGGGACGGUACUCGCUACACGGAGGUCGGAUCUCCUAGUGGCCAGCAUGGUAUUCAUGAGCUGCGUGAUGGUACAGUGUAUGCAAAUGAAUGA